AUGGCCCAAAAACCAGAGAUACUAAAAAUUCCUCGAAGAACAGAAGUAUCAGAAGCAGCAGCUGUAGCAGAUGCAAUAAUUGUAGGCGACACAGUAGAGAAUACAGAAGUGAAAAUUCUCACACUAACUAUUCUGAGGGCUUUGUCAGAGACUUGCUCUGAAACAGCUAGAAGCGGCAAAUGUUUAGAAAUAUCAGGAAUGGAAGAGAAGAAGACACAGGAAAAGGAAAAAAAGAAAAAGAACAAGAAGAAAAAAGGACAGCGUAUGUUCCCCCAAGAUUAUGAAAAAGGAGGAAAAAUAUUACCAGCUGAGAAGGUACCACAUCAGAGUUCUUCAUUUUUAAGCCUGCAGAGCAGUAUGAUUUCCCAGAAAAAAAAUGCAGUGGCUCAGAGAAUAUCAUCAGCAAGACUUCAGAUUAAAGAGCUGAAGAAUGAAAUAUUUGAUUUACAACACAAAUUAGAAGCAUCAAGCUUAGAAAACCAUGUUUUGAAACAGCUUCAUUGUCGACACUCAAAAGCAAUAGGUAGAUAUCAAAAUUCAAAAAGUAUCUUGGCAAAUCUUUUAGAAAGUCAUUAUAAUGAGGUGAGAAAUUUAAGGGAACUCCUGAGGAUAUCUCAGGAGAAUGAGAGAAAUACAUCCAGGAAGCUCAGAAAAGUUGAAGCAGAGCUGCUAAAAGCUAAAGAUGCUUUGCAGAACUUGCAUAUGCUUUCAGAAGACACAACUCUUGGAGAGAGAGAGAAACCUGAUCACAGAUUAUCUGUCCUUGCAGAAAAAAUGGAAGUGAACAAAAAGAGAAUACAGAGCCUAGAAAAGCAGCUGAAUUUGAACAAUAGCACCUUUAUCCAGCAGCUGGCAAAUGAGAACAAAAAAGCUGUGGAAGCUGGGAUAAUUACAAAGAACUUGCAAAUGGAAAUUAACUCUCUUCACCAAAAAAUUAAGGAAAAGGAUCGUCAACUUUAUGUAAGAAAUAUAUAUGCAAAUCAGAUGCCUAAAAUUCCAAAGGACAAGAGUGAUUCAAUACCUCAUGAAAAAAGUCUUAGCAUAAACAGAUCAGUACAAGUAGAUAAACAGAAUUUUAGAUCACUGCUGCUGUCACAGCACCAAACUCAGGAAACAGAAAAAAGUCCAGUUCAGCUAACAAAGGAUAAAAAGUCUUCUGAAGAUAAGAAUCAAGAAGCUAAAGCAAACGAAGCAUACACAGAUGCCCAAUGUAGAACAGAAAAGCAAUCAACCAAGAAAAUACCAAAGCCAGAAACUUUUAAUAGAACACAUAGAGAGUAUUUAAGGAAGGGCAGACUACUGAUGGAAGAAUACACUUGCUUGGAAUUUAUGAAAGAAGAAAAAAAGACAGAUUUGCUUGGAUGGGAGCUGAAGCAGCUGAUGAAAACUGAAGAGACUCAUCUAAGUGACAGUGUAAAAGAGAACAAUCAAGAGGAAGAUGCAGUUGAACAACACGAAAAAGAAGAAAAAAAGCCAGAUGAACAGCUAAAGAACAGUGAGAAAGCAGGGAGUAAAUGUGUAAUGCCAGGUCUAAGAGACAAAACACUCAUUAGGCUGAAAAAAAAUUCCAUAUUCUCAGAAGCCACUGAGAAUUUGCACCAUGGGCUUCCUACAUCAGGCACAAAACCCCAAAAAGGCAGUCUUUGCAAACAUGGACAUGCAGGUCAGGGCUGCAGAGAAAUGGCUGAAUCAGGAGUGAAGAAUUCCUUUGGGCUACAGGAACCACCUUUUGGUGAAGUUACGGAAACAAGGCAGAAGGAGAGUUGCACUGAAGCAGAAAGCUGCGUUCAUGUGCCAUUUGCUGACAGGAAAAACAGACUUAUGAAAGAACUCUCUGGACCCAGCUAUGUUUGAAGAGACAACCAUUCAAGUUCUAACAUCAGAGGAAUGAAGAAAGAGGAGGGAAAGGAUGCAGGAUUACAUAAGCCAAAUUUCAAACCACUGCUACUAACUAGUUUGUAA